AUGAAGAGCGCGGACAAGUGGUGAUUUAGCCAAUGCGGAAAUCACUUCAGCUAGAGACAGUCCAGUUACUAUAUUUUCUUAUCACUUUUAGACAAUACAUGAGGUCACUAGGAAUCUAAUCUCCUUACAUGGAAUGCGAAAAUUAGCGUAUCUCCCUGUUGCUUCUACAAACAUUGUCAGCUGAAAAUCUUAAGUGAAUCGCGAUAUAGGCCGUGUAAACAGUAUAAUAUAACUCGAGAUAACGUGUUCCGAUAGACACCUGCCAUUUGUGGAGCGUUUACUGAGUUGUUGAUCCGUCUUUAUGGUUAAAAACACUAAAUAACUUUCAAUAAAGAAAAAAAUACCGCGAGAAAAGAAUUAAAACUUAACGUGGUUACCCCAAAGUAUAAAGCCCUAAGGUUAAAAGCUUUAGAAGUAACUACAGUACUGAUUAGAAAUGUGUAUGAAUGCAAGUUGAUGUGUAUUUGAAUUUUAACGGAAAUUCCAUAACAAUUUGAUACACGUGCUCUUUUAAGAUUUGUAACUUUUUAAAGAAUUUAUUAUAACUUAUUAAAUCCCUCAGUAAUUGUAUCUAAAUGUGCAGUGAGUAGAAAUACGUUUGGCUAGGUUUAGGCUGCAAAGUGUCAGUGGAAACAGAACAGACAGAGACGGAAAUCAUGUCUCUGUCAUCAAAGGAGGUCACCGCACAGCGGCGCCCAAAAAGCCGCUGGAGUUGUGGACUGGACUACACAGCGCGCGGCGUUCUGCUAGCAGAAUGGGCGGGCACAGCGCUGCUGGUCUUGUUGAGCUGUCUGCCAGCAUGCGCCGGCGCGCCGCAGUAUGCGCGCGCAGGCGCCGCGGGUCUUGCUGUUGCGCUCCUAGUUCAGUGCUUCGACCACAUCUCUGGCGCCAUGUUCAACCCUACUGUCCUCCUCGCAGCAAUGCUAACGCGGCGCGUGGCGCCCGGGCUGGGUGCCGGCAUGUUCGGCGCGCAGCUGCUGGGCGCCGCGACGGGCACCGGCCUACUACGGUUACUGGCGCCUGGGUCUGACGCCGCUGAUUUGUGUCUCACAUUACCCAUGGAUACCUUAUCGGUGUACAAGGCGGUGUGCAUUGAGGCUGUACUGGGAGGGCUACUGGCGCUAGCCAACAUGGCGUCAUGGGACCCUCGCAAUCGACUGCUAGCCGACUCCUGGCCGCUACGAAUAGGUCUCAGCGUUGCUGGCCUAUCUAUUAUCGCGGGUCCACUGACGGGUGCCAGCAUGAACGCAGCGCGCAGCUUCGGGCCUGCACUGUGGACUGGGAACUGGGACCACCAUUGGAUAUACUGGGUAGGUCCCUUAAGCGGUUCACUUCUGUGCACGCUGGUCUACCGCCGUAUAUGGGCCGUGGACGGCACGCCGCCGGCGCGCGCGGCGCCCGACGUCACCGCAGCGUUUCCGCUGCGGCGCGAGCGCGUGUCGCGCGAUCCCGCGGUGGAGCGGGAGUCAAAGAAGACGCAUUAUUCUGUGUAAAUGCUUUUUAUAGCUGACUGUUACUAUCAUAAUAAAAAUAUAACUUUGUUUUUAA